UUUUCAUUACCGUACCGUAGUGUUCCGAAAGCAGUUUGCGAUUCCGGUUGGGAUUUCGAUGAAGGUUCUGGAACCUAGGGUUUCAAUCCGUCCGUACAAGGAACCCUACGCGAGUAGAGUAGUAGUUACAGUCGUCGUCUUCUUCCUCUGGGUUUCGUUGCAAUGAGCGCCAUUAACAUCACAAACGUGACGGUGCUUGACAAUCCGGCUCUGUUUCUCGCACCCUUCCAGUUUGAAAUUUCUUACGAGUGCAACACUCCUCUCAAAGACGAUUUGGAAUGGAAGCUCAUCUACGUGGGAUCUGCUGAGGAUGAGACUUAUGACCAACUCCUGGAGAGUGUACUUGUUGGGCCUGUCAAUGUCGGAAACUAUCGUUUUGUACUACAGGCAGAUCCUCCUGACCCAUCCAAGAUUCGUGAUGAAGACAUCAUUGGUGUGACAGUGCUUCUGUUGACCUGCUCUUAUAUUGGUCAGGAAUUUAUCCGAGUGGGCUACUACGUUAACAAUGAUUAUGAUGAUGAGCAGCUGCGGGAAGAACCUCCUCCAAAGGUCUUGAUUGAUAGGGUUCAAAGAAACAUUUUGUCUGACAAACCUAGGGUCACAAAGUUCCCCAUCAAUUUCCAGCCAGAGAAUACUGAGAGUGGAGAACAACCCCCUCCACUUGAUCAGCCCAAUGAAGCGGAUGGAAGCACAGAACAGCUUGUUUUGCCUGUAAAUCCUUCAGAGGAGCAGAAACCUUAGGUAUUGAAUCACAGGCUUCCACUUCCUUUUUGACUUUCGUUAUCCUCUUUCUGGGAAAACUUUAUGCAUAUUGUUUCACUGGGCGAUUGCCAAAAUUUUCGAAGGAUACCAAAUGCUUUGGCCCUACCUGGGAAGGGGUUUUGAAGUUUAUAACUUCUACCCUGUAAAUACAGUAACAUUGGUUCAUGAAGCUGUGCUGACUUGUGGUUGUUGGAAGUCUGUUUCAUUCAGGUGAUAUUUUGUGCUGACUAGGAUUAUCAAAUUUGUAGUAAUAGGAGACAGAUGUUCACUAUUAGCCUGAAAUCUCAUUGAACCUUGUGUAUGAUCUUAACUUUUUGUACUAAUCUCACUUUGUGGAGUUUUUUCAUUGUUU